AUGGAGGAGCAGAAGCUUGAGGAGGAGUUGCAUUCUAUGAACGAGGAAAUGGAUGAUGCUGAGCCACGACAAAGGCGAAAGAAGAAGGAGAAGGUGGUGGACCCUGAGCCACAAGAUGACUAUCCCGGUAGCCCACACGAGACUUGCCUGCUUUGGAAGUACCAUCUGCACGUGGCCAAGAAGGCGGGUGAUGGCGAGUGGUGUGGAAAAUUAAAAUGCAUCAACAACGGAAAGAAGAUAGAAGCAAUGCAUGAUAAUGACACCAGACCUAUCAUGGCUGCACGGUGGUGGGAGAACAAAUUGCAGGGCACCGACCUUGGUUGGCUCAAGGACACCAGCUACAACAUGAUUGACCAUGGUCUGAUUUGUGUCUUUGUGGAGAGGUGGUACGAGGAGACUUCCAGCUUCCACCUUCCGUUUGGGGAGAUGACAAUCACACUUGACGAUGUGGCCUCUUUGCUGCAUAUCCCCAUUAACGGCAUGCUCCUGUCCCACGGGUCCAUAUCACGGGGCGAGACAGUGGAAUUGAUGGAGACGUACUUGGGGUCUAGUACGUUUGAUGCUCGUAGAGAGCUCAAAAAGAACAAACGUGUACAUUGCCGAUUUGGCUACUUGGAGGAGAUCUUCAAGGAGCGCUUGAAGGAGCAGAGGGAUUUGGCGGCGGAGUAUGGUGUGACUGAGGAGGUGGAGAGGUUGCGGGACCAGAUUGUCCGCAUAUAUUUGUUGUACUUGGUGAGUAUCACGAUCUUCACUGACAAGAGUCAGUGGGUUGUGGAUGUUGUGUACCUGAAGUACUUUAGAGACCUCGAUUUUGUUUCUGGUUUUUCAUGGAGAGUUGCGGCACUAGCUCACUUGUAUAAGGAGCUCAACAAUGCUGCACGUUGGAACUGCAGUCAGGUGAAAGGAUACCUGACUUUGUUGCAGACCUGA